AUGAGAUUCAGAAAAGGAAGUAGAGUUGAGGUGUUUAGCAACAAAAAGGCACCUUACGGUGCGUGGCGAUGUGCUGAGAUUAUCUCGGGUAAUGGACAUACCUACAAUGUUAGAUAUCACUCUUUCCAACUUGCAACCGAGGAUGCAGUGAUGGAGAGAGUUCCAAGGAAGAUAAUUAGGCCGUGUCCUCCACAAGUGGAUGUAGAGAGAUGGGAGACUGGUGAACUGUUGGAAGUUCUUGAUAAUUUUUCAUGGAAAGCUGCCACAGUUCGAGAGGAGCUGUGUGGAAAGUACUAUGUGGUUCGAUUACUUGGGACUGCAGUGGAAUUUACAUUUCACAAAGUAAACCUCAGGGUCCGACAGUCGUGGCAAGAUGAGAGAUGGGUUGCAAUUGGAAAGGUAUCUGGUUCUGUGAAGUCAUCCACCCUGACUGGAUCAGACGUACAUCAGAAGCUACAGCCUCAUGUGAACAGCACACUUCUCCACGAGCCUAGUGUUGUCUCUGCUAGAAUAUUGAAGAGGCCGUCACCUCACAACUGGUCCGAGUGUGCUGAAUCAUGCACAGGAAACCCCAAGAGGAUACGAUUACUGGAAAAGGAGGGACAGCAUCACCGAUUUCCUGCCUCCACAAUGCAAAAGGUAGAUGUUAUUGCUUGCCGACCUGAAAAUAGAGGUGGUAAAUCUCACGUGCAAGGUUCCUCUAAGAAUCACAAAACUGGUUGCUGUCAAAUGGUCAGGGUAAGAUCAAAAGGGUUUAGUGAGAAUGUUCGUGUAGGAAGCUUAGUUGCUGAUGAGUGUUAUGAUAGCGAUGCAUGCUCUGUUGGUAGUUGUAGCGCUACUAGUUAUGAUGAGAGUAAUAUGGCACCUUCUAUGCUACCUGGGUCUAGUCAACAGGCAGACUCAUGUAGUAGCGAUGCUGAAUCUUCUUGUGAUCUUGGAGAAGAAGCGAGGAGGAAGCAUUCAUUAGCAGGUGACGCAACGACAAUGUCCUGUAGAUCUGAACUAUAUACAUACCGCAGUACUUUGGGGGGGUUAUUUGCUUCUGGUCCCUUAAGUUGGGAACAAGAAGCAUCACUAACUGAUCUCCGUCUUUCUCUUAAUAUAUCAGAUGAUGAACAUUUGAUGGAGAGUCAGAGUUGGGAUUCUUACAACGGUGGACAGAGUCAGACAUGGGAGAGUUCUUACGCGAAUGGUUUGCAAGUUCAAUCUCAUAACCAGGGAAGUGCGCUGGAUACAGAUCAUUUUGAGCAAGAGCGUAGUGGUAAUGGCUCGUUGGACGAAUUCGAUGCGAUUUGCAGAGAAGGGAAGGUGAAAUCAGCUGUUGAAAUCAUCAAAUCGUGGAGAAAUGAGGGUUAUGUUGUGGAUUUACCAAGGCUUUUGUGGCUAGUACAGCUUUGCGGGGAUGCAAAAGCUUUAGAAGAAGGGAAAGAUGUUCAUGGGUUUAUUAGUUCUUCGGUUUCCCUUUCAGAUAUCAGCGUGUACAACUCGAUAAUCGAAAUGUACUCUGGUUGUGGGUCUGUGGAAGAUGCAUUUACCGUUUUCAACAGUAUGCCCGGGAAGAAUUCGGGGAGUUGGUGCGCUAUUAUAAGGUGUUUUGCAAACAAUGGGCAAGGGGAAGGCGCAAUCGAUAUGUUCUCUCGUUUUAAAGAAGAAGGUAACAUGCCCGAUGGUGAAAUAUUUAAAGAGAUUUUCUUUGUGUGUGGUGUUCUUGGUGACAUUGAUGAGGGACUAUUGCACUUUGAGUCGAUGAUCAAAGACUACGGAAUCAUCCCUUCUAUGGAACAUUACGUGAGCCUCGUUAAAAUGUUGGCGGGACCUGGUUAUUUAGAUGAAGCCUUGGGAUUUGUCGAAUCGAUGGAACCAAAUGUUGAAUUAUGGGAAACAUUAAUGAAUCUUUCACGGAUUCACGGGGAUUUAGAGCUCGGUGACCGGUGUCAAGAUAUGGUUGAGCAUCUUGAUGCAAGUAGACUAAACAGUGAAUCAAAGGCGGGUCUUGUAGCGGUUAAUUUAUCAGACAUUGCAAAAGAGAGAUUACAGAGAAUGGCGAGAGGCAGAAACUUUAUUUGUAAAUAUUCGGCUGGAGAUACUUCUCGUCUGGAGAACAGAGAUUUAUAUAUCGCAUUAAAGGGGUUAAAGGAGCAUAUAAUAGAAAUUGGUUAUGCACCCGAGUUUAAACUUGCAUUACACGACGUGGACCAAGAGAGCAAAGGGGAAAACCUUUUAAAUCACAGCGAGAGAAUUGCUUUCAUCAAGGGAAUGCUCGACAGUCCUGCGCGUUCUGCAAUAACAGUGAUGAAGAAUUUGCGUGUUUGCAUUGAUUGCCAUAACGCAUUGGAGAUGAUGUCCAAGAUAGUUGGGAGAAGGUUGACUUCGCGAGAUUCAAAGAGAUUUCACCAUAUGGAAGAUGGUGUUUGCACUUGUAAAGGGUAUUGGUGA